AUAUUAGGGAGGCCGUCUCAUUUUCGUUAGAUCCAUUCAGAAAGGAAAAAAGAAAAAGUGGAGGCUUUUUGGUUUUGGAAAAUAAUAAUAAGAAUUAGAUUUUUCUAGUAGAUUUACUUGAGAGGGAAGAAGGAAGGGGGAGAUAAAAAAGGGGUGAACAAUGGAGAAGUAGUAGAGGUGAGGAAGAAAGAGAAAGACAUGUAGAAUCCCGAUGUACAGAGAGCAGAGACAUGAGAGUGGAGUGGAGACUAAAAAUAGAUAGGAGGUGUGCUGUGGUGGUGUAAGAGAGAGCAACAAAUACUAGUAUAAAAAUUUGUUUCUCUCUCUCUCUAAAAACUCAUUUAACUCUGAAUUCAUUAAAAAUUUGUUCCACUUCCAUACUUGUAUGUAUGCUCCCUUCCUCCCUCCCUCACUCCCUCACCCUCUCUCUCUCAUCAAAUCUUGAAUAUUAAGCUUAUUUAUCAGUUUGGGUCCCAACUCCAAAUCUCUUCACUCUCUCUCUCUCUCUAACUGAGAGAUUCUAAAAAGAUGAUCUGAACUAGUAAUAAAAAUGAAGAGAAAAUUAUGGGUCUCUUUUUUAAAGUUUGGGAUAUAGAUCAGAGAAACACAUGAGUGUAGAAGAAGAAGAAGAAAAUCAAACUAAAAUGUUACAGGUCGAAGAGAAAUCAGAUCUUGCUGGUGUUGAUGGGAUUGAUUCUUCCAACAAAAGUCGAAUCUGCGGUGGUGGUAUUGCUGGUGGUGGUGGUGGUGUAAGUGUUGGAAAUGAUUCUUCUUCUUCUACAUCGUCUUCUUCAGCAACUUUUCCUGACCAAGUUCUUGAAAAUGUUUUGGAAAACGUACUUCUCUUCUUAACAUCACGCCAUGAUCGUAACUCAGUCUCUCUCGUUUGUAAAUCAUGGUACAGAGCUGAAGCAUUUAAUAGGUUAGAAUUAUUUAUAGGGAAUUGUUAUGCUGUUUCACCGAUCCGGGCGAUUCGAAGAUUUCAGAGAGUUAGAUCUUUGGUAUUAAAAGGAAAACCCAGAUUCGCUGAUUUUCAAUUAGUUCCUCAGAAUUGGGGGGCUCAUUUUACUCCAUGGGUUACGCAAAUGUCUUUAGCUUAUCCAUGGCUGGAGAAGAUUUGUUUGAAAAGAAUGUCGAUUUCUGAUGAUGAUUUGAGUCUGAUUGCUAAUUCUUUUACUGGAUUCAAGGAACUUGUUCUUGUUUGCUGCGAAGGAUUUGGUACUAGUGGACUUGCUAUUGUCGCUAGUAAGUGCAGGCAACUAAGAGUGCUUGAUCUGAUUGAAUGCGACGUGAUAGAUGAAGAAAUAGAUUGGAUAUCAUGCUUUCCAGAGAAUGGAACUUGUCUUGAAUCUCUUAGUUUCGAUUGUGUGGAAUGUGCAAUAAUCUUCGAAGCUCUGGAGAGAUUAGUGGCACGGUCUCCUUCAUUGAGAAAGCUCAGGGUGAACCGCAAUGUCUCAACUGGACAGCUACACCGGUUAAUGAUCCGAGCUCCACAGCUAACUCAUUUAGGAACAGGAUCUUUUAGCCCUUCGGAUGCCAUUCAUCAAGAAGAACAAGAAUUGGAUCUUUUUUCGGCUUUCACUUCCUGCAGAUCUCUGAUCUGUUUAUCAGGAUUUAGAGACAUUUUACCAGAUUAUCUACCUUCUAUCUAUCCUGUUUGUGCUAACCUAAUCUCGUUGAACUUCAGUUAUGCCAAUAUCGAUGCUGUGCAAUUGAAAUCAGUCAUUCGCCACUGUCAUAAGCUCCAGGUUUUCUGGGUCCUUGAUUCGGUAUGUGAUGAAGGACUCCAAGCCGUGGCUGCAUCUUGCAAGGACCUCCGCGAGGUUCGAGUUUUCCCUAUGGAUGCUCGGGAGGAUAGCGAGUGCCCUGUUUCAGAAGUGGGCCUUCUUGCGAUUUCUGAGGGGUGUAGGAAACUUCGAUCAAUUUUAUAUUUUUGCCAGCGAAUGACUAAUGCGGCAGUUGUGGCCAUGUCUAAGAACUGUCCUGAACUUGUUGUGUUCCGACUCUGUAUAAUGGGGCGUCACCUGCCUGACCACAUAACCAGGAAACCCAUGGAUGAAGGGUUUGGAGCCAUAGUUAUGAACUGUAAAAAGCUCACAAGACUUGCAGUUUCUGGUUUGCUGACAGAUGAGGCAUUCCGUUUGAUUGGUAUGUACGGGAAACUGGUUAGGACCCUUUCUGUUGCUUUUGCGGGGGAUACUGACGAUGCCCUAACUUAUGUGCUGGAAGGCUGCCCUAAAUUGCAGAAGCUUGAGAUCAGGGAUAGUCCGUUUGGUGAUGCAGCAUUGUUCUCUGGUCUGCACCAUUAUUAUAACAUGAGGUUUCUCUGGAUGUCUGCAUGUAGACUCUCUUUUUCUGGAUGCAGGCAAGUUGCACAAAGAAUGCCCCAUCUGGUUGUAGAAGUGAUUAAGGACAUAGAUGAAGAGGAGAUAGGUGAGUCCUCUGUUUCUUCGUUUAAAGAAGAUCAUGGUGAUCUUGUUGAGAAGCUAUACAUGUAUCGGUCUCUUGAUGGGCAGAGGAAUGAUGCACCAAACUUUGUGUCGAUCUUGUAGACCUAAAAUUUUGUUAUGGAGGAAGAUGAUACUGACAUGUUGGUCGUUUCAUUUGGCAACCAUGGGGAGCAGCAUUCGUACUAGCUUUUAAUCUUUGUGGAAGCUGAGUGAUGAAGUGGGUACAUUUUUGAAACACACAAAGGUUCUCUAACUUCUACCGGAGAUGAUCCAGACUGUUGUCUCUUCUCAGCUUGGGUUGUUUUUAACAACUGGCAUUUCAAGUUUCAGCAUAUGUAUUAUCUUUUUAUAUGUCUUGCAGCCUUGAAGCAGAGACGAUAUAGCAGACGCGGAUGAUUCAUUAGUAGGGAGAGAGAGAGAAAGAGGGAGAUGGGUGUGGCUCGUCUUUCCUUGCUGUAUUAGUAGGCAAUUGUUUAUAUCCUUAAUUCUUUAUCACAGAGCAAAGAUGAGGCUACCCAACGUUAGACCCCGCGAAGAGUUUGUUAGAAGCUGGUGGUGCCAGUUUAACUCACAAGUGAAGAAUCUGAGACUGCUAUUCCUAAUACUUCACUUUUUUUCCUUCGGUGAAGAAUUUGACGACCAGAACUAUGAUUGGUAGGGAUGAUAGGGAAUCGACAUCAGAAAGGCUGUUUUAUGCCAACAUAUAAUCGAAGAAGUACUUGCAUCUCAUCAGUUUUUCUUCAAAUGUUUGUUGAUUUUGAACUGUUUCUCCGGUGGUUUAUUCUUUUUAUGGAAGGGUGGAGCAGAGAAAACUGUUGUAGGAGAUUGAAGAAAAUAUUGAUAUUUUCUUUCAUUUAUUUGUUUCUUCUUCUCAAAGAUUUGGUCAUAAAAACUCUUCAUUUAUUGUUAUUUUGAGAACCUUUUGAGAUGAAUAAAUGCAAAUGAAACCCUAAACGAUAGAUGGGUUCUUCUCCAA